CGUGCCGGGCAUCUUCGUCCGCGCUCACCGCUCCCGCGGCCCAGUGCCCGAGCCCCGCGGCCCCGCGCCCCCCGUCCCCUGGGCAGCCCCUGCUCCGGGUGUCGUCGGUGAGUGGAGAAGCGGCCCUGCUCCGGGCGAGGCCGGUGAGUUCGGCGCUGGAGCAGGGAGCACUGUCGGCAACCCGGCGGGCAGCGCGGAGGAACAGCGGAGCUCUGGAAACAGCUCCAUGUGCGCCGGCUGCCGCUGCCGGGCAGGGAUCUUGAAGGAGCCAUCAGCCAGCCGAAACAGAUGGGGAGUUUCGGGGCUGGCGCGCACCAAGUGCUUGGAAUUGGUAGCUCCGGGUGAGGUUCUCCUCGGAGCGACAAUGGUACUAGUCCUGAUACCAGUUUUCCAAACCUUUUCGGCUAUUUAAUAUGCAACACACAUUAAAACAACACAUCACAGCCCCCAAUACAUCCACGUCUCAGGAGUAACAAAGCACGUGCCAGGGCGUGCCUAAAAGUAAGGGGAGAUGCUUUAGAGCAGACAGGCCAUAGGCUGGCAUCCUUACACGUGUCAGAGUUACCAAAUUAUUGCAGGGUCUUAUCUUAAAGCACCUGUCAUUAGAUGGUAAAUUUCAUUACCCAGAGAGCAAGCUGGACUCCUCUUGAAAGUCAAACAGUUAAUAAAUUCAGUGCACUGAAUACCACUUUGAAAAGGGUCUGCUGCCAUUGUGUGUGUAGCCUGGCUGACAGUAUGUGGCAAUAUGUGCCUUUGAGAUAAUCCUUUGAUCACUCCUUGAGCCCAUUUCUGAGGCUACUUGCAAUGACUAAUUGAACCAAAUAGUGUGGAAUUAGGACACUCUUACUAAACCUGAUAAGUCUCCCUAUUCCCUUGUGGGUGUUUAGUUUCUGUGCUUUGCAGCCAGAGUGCUGCACUGAGUUUCUCUCAGACCCUGGUUUGGGUAUGCACAGCUGCUGGGUUGUUGGGGCCAUUUAAACAGAGCUAGGGUGAGCAUCUCAUUCUCAGGUUUGCUCUUCAAGGUACAAGACUCUGAUUUUACAAUUUAAAAAAUAGCACAAGUGUAUUCAAUACAUCUCUAGUAAUUUAAAAGUUCUUUGCACCUUCAUGUUGCAGCUGUGUGUCUACCCAAAGAUACCACUUACUGUAAUUAAAUGAAAUUGAUAUAUCCCUUGGAAGGAAGAAAAACCUGAAAUUUAAGUAGAUUUCUUAUAUGCAUAUUUGAUAACUGUAUAAGAUGUAGUGGAAGCACUUCCCUUGCAAUGGAAUUUCAGGUAAAGCAUGUCCAUGGAGCCAUGAAACACAUUGUGGAGGUCUAAGCAGGACAUGUGCUGAAUGAAUUAGGUAUAUUGAAGCAGCUCUUAUGAUGCUAUGGCUUUGAUUCCAUGGAGAUAGAAUGCAAGGUGACAAUGAAUCAUUUAUAAUGGAAAACAAACAACAAAAUUUAAAGUAUAUUCCUGCAUAUUAUUUUUGUAGUGCCACUUUAUUCUGAGGUCUGAAAGUGAACCCAAGUGAACCCAACAAGAAGUGCUCUUGUUGAAAGUUCUGGAGAAACUGAAACAGGCUGUUGCAAGUUAAAAAACCUUUGAAUGCAGCUGCUGCCAGAUCCUUGCAAAUUAUGGUUUUGUUAAGUACCAGCUUUUGACUUUUUCAGUAUUAUAAAAGAAACAGUAAGCAGACCAUGUUAGCACAAAAAGAGUAAUACACAAUGUCAGUUCAUGAAAAAAUGCUGUGAAGCUAUAAAAGUGUCUUUUCUACAUGCUUUAUUUAAUAGAAAACAAAAUAAAGUGUGAAUCUUAGGCAUUGGCAUAGGUUGUAUCAUAGUGCAGAAAUAGUAUGCAGAGCCAAGCAGCUUGCUUGGAGCCUGGGGUGAAAAAAAAUUCGCAAGGACACUUUCUGGUUAGGCAGAUAAAAGAGCAUUGACUAUAUAUUUCAUUUGUGUUCCUUAGUUAAUUUCUCUUCUCCUUUCCUUAUCUUCACACCUUGUGCUCAGGCAGACCAGCACUUCAUUUCUAAUGAGAAGGCAGUCAUCCAAAAACCAGCUUAAUGAAAAUGCUGCAUUGCACUGGAUUAUUCCUGCUGUACACUGCUGAGGAAUGAGGUGUAUGGUUUUGGGAGCUUCUGAAGCAAAGUACCCACAGUACUUUUGUGAUAUUGCUAUUUUGUGUCAUCAGACAAUCUGGAAUACCUGGAAACACAGAUUUGUUUGUCAGCACUCCAGAAGUCUGAGGGAUGCUUGUGCAGCUGGCUUUGGAGUCUCGUUCCAACACCUGCUACAUUCUGAAGAGUCUUGGAAGCAAUGUACAAGGCAAGAACUUUUGAAAUGGAAUGGAUGGGGAUAUAAUGACUCCAAAUUCAUCUUCAAUAAGAAAGGUCAAGCAGAAUUCACAGGAAAAAGGUACAGAUUAGGUGGUAUGGUAUUACCAACUUUUAAGGAAUGGAUAGAAAAAACCUUUGGAGCAAGUCUGGAGCACAAAACUACCUCUAGAGCAUCCUUAAAUGUUAAUGAUGUACCUCCAUCCAUUGUAAAUGAAGAAUUUCUUCAGGAUCUUAGAGCCACUAAAAUCUCAUAUUCCCAGGAUGCAGAAGAUAGGGUAUUCAGAGCUCAUGGUCACUGCCUACAUGAGAUAUUUGUACUCAGGGAAGGAAUGUUUAAGCGAAUUCCUGAUAUAGUUGUAUGGCCUGUUUGCCAUGAAGAUGUAGUUAAAAUUGUGGAAUUAGCCUGCAAACACAAUCUCUGCAUAAUACCAUUUGGUGGAGGGACAAGUGUCUCUAGUGCCCUUGAAUGUCCUGAAGAAGAAAAAAGAACUAUUGUCUCCCUGGAUACAUCACAAAUGAAUCGGAUUCUCUGGAUAGAUGAAAAAAACUUAACAGCUUGUGUAGAAGCUGGCAUUGUUGGACAAGAUCUGGAAAAACAGCUUGCUGAAAGUGGCUUCUGUACAGGCCAUGAACCAGACUCCAUGGAAUUCAGUUCACUAGGAGGCUGGGUAGCAACACGAGCAUCAGGCAUGAAAAAAAACAUCUAUGGAAACAUUGAAGAUCUGGUGAUUCAUAUAAAAAUGGUAACUCCUAGAGGAAUAGUAGAAAAAAACUGUCAAGUACCUCGCAUGUCAACAGGACCUGAUAUCCAUCACUUCAUUAUGGGAUCUGAAGGAACCCUUGGAGUGGUUACUGAAGUUACAAUAAAGAUUCGCCCAGUCCCUGAAUACCAGAAAUAUGGCUCUGUGGUCUUCCCCAACUUUGAGCGAGGGGUGGCCUGCUUGAGGGAAGUGGCAAAGCAGAGAUGUGCUCCUGCAUCAAUUCGCCUUGUCGACAAUGCACAGUUUCAGUUUGGUCAUGCUCUUAAACCACAAGUUGCUUCCAUUUUUACAUCGUUUUUGGACGGACUGAAAAAGUUCUACAUCACGAAGUUUAAAGGAUUUGAUCCCAACAUACUGUGCGUAGCUACUUUGCUCUUUGAGGGUGACAGAGAGAAGGUUCUUCAGCAUGAGAAGCAAGUCUAUGAUAUUGCCACCAAGUUUGGUGGCUUGGCAGCAGGAGAAGAUAAUGGACAGAGAGGAUACAUGCUGACAUUUGUCAUCGCUUACCUUCGGGACCUAGGCCUGGAUUAUUACGUAAUAGGAGAAUCAUUUGAGACAUCUGUUCCUUGGGAUAGGGUUUUGGACCUUUGUAGAAAUGUAAAGGAAAGGAUAGUACGAGAAUGCAAAGAAAAGGGAGUCCAGUUUGCUCCACUUUCCACCUGUAGGGUGACACAGACUUACGAUGCAGGUGCAUGUGUCUACUUCUACUUUGCCUUUAACUACAGAGGAAUUAGUGAUCCUAUUCAUGUCUAUGAACAAAUUGAGAGGGCGGCUAGAGAAGAAAUACUUGCCAAUGGAGGAAGUCUUUCACAUCACCAUGGAGUAGGCAAAUUGCGGAAGCGCUGGAUGAAGGAGAGCAUCUCUGAUGUUGGCUUGGGAAUGCUGAGAUCUGUUAAAGAAUAUGUGGACCCCAAUAACAUCUUUGGAAACAAAAAUCUUUUAUAAAGCCCUGCACAAUUGAUGUACUAAAAAUUAUAAAUUACUGUUGAAAUUCCUCCACUUUCAUUGUAUUGAUAUCCCAGUAAUCAAAUAUAACAUAGACUAAACUUUCAAAACUAGUAACUUACAUUAAUUUUUGCUACCCCCUUCCCCCAAUAAAGUGUAAACAUCACUGUUAAUGUUUAUGGACUUUUACUUAACAAAGUUCCAAUCUACUGGGCACAAAGUACUAACCAGGAAAUGCAAAUUUGGGUUUACAAGUUGGGCUAGGCAGCACAGCUGACAGUAUUUUCAGUGCGGGAUACUGCCAGAUGUUUCUUACUUAAAGGAUCCCCUGCAAGGAGGACAAAGACUGACAACAGUGUUUUCUACAGAAGCAGCUGCACAGCCCAGCCUCUUGCUAAAGGAAAGCUGCUAAGAGACAGAUGAAAGAACACCAAGGAGUACCUCCCUGUACUGCAUUAAGUAUGUAACAGACUUGUAACCAGCAAAUACUUAGAGUAUAAAUAUAGGCUUUCAUCAAAAGAGACAGUGUAAGUCAAACUACUAAAAAUUCAGUAAUCUCUUACUGUAGUACUACUGGAAAAUCUUACACAAUUUAGCUGUUCUGAGUUGUAUUUGCAUUGCUGGGAUAAUCUUAAAUUAAUUGUAGGUCAGUCACUAAGUUUUGUACAAUGGACAUUUCUCACUGUAUGUUGAAAACAGGUUUGUAACAAAAUUUUGUGUUCAUCUGUACUUCAGUCCUAGUGUGUAUGGGUUUUGUUCCUGUUGUUUGUUUUGCACAGAUGCAAAAUAUCUUUUUCAGUUACUCAGAUGAAACUGCCCAGCACUGUCUUUUGAAACAGUCACAACAGUUUAAUAAAAUGCUUAAAUGGACAACCUACUGUCAUCCUGGAAGUGAGAUUUCCCAUUUAAGUUUUGUACAGUUUCCUACGGUCUUUAUGAAUCAUUUAUUUACUUCACAAGUAGCCACAAUUUUAAUUGUCCAUUGAACUUUAUGAAAAUGAAAUAUUUUCUUGAUCAGUAUCAUGUGAGAGUUAGCAUUUUUACAUUGAAACUUGAAUCUUAAUCAGUAAAAUAAACAAAAUAUUUGUCAAUACUCAUGAUCCAUUUUUAAGGUGGGUUCUUUCUUAAAGGAAAUUAUCCAACUUUUUGAUAAUUAAUGUAUAUGCAUAAGGUAGAAAAAAUACAGAUUGUCCUUUGAGGACACUGUCUAGUCACCUGCUUCACAGCUCUAUAGUGUCAGUUUGGACACCUUUUGUAUUGGUAGUGUGCCCUUAAUGAGAAGAAAAUGAUAAAUUGCAUUUUUGUUUUUAAACUAUUUUAGAAUACUCUCUAUUAGCUUUCAUAUUGGUAAUAUACCAAAAAGAAUAUAAAAUGCUUGGAAAAAUACUGCAUAUCAGACAACUCUGAACUUGUUCUGAGAUUAAUUUCAAUGCUACAGUUCAAAUGAUUGAAAAACAUGGACACUCAAACCAUUACUUUAAACUGCAUGCUGUCAAGGUAAUUAAAGAAAACUUUUUUAUGAUCUGCAGGUCAUAAGACAGAAUGUUCAUGUGAUGUUUUAAUGCAGCAGAAUUUAUUUUGAAUGGUCUUUAUUUCACAACAUCUCAGUAUAAAAAUUGAUUAUGUCUUCUUGUCCCCAGAGUUGGUAUUUCAGCAGUAACCAAAACAGUAGGUGUAGUCUGUUGUAGGAAACUGAGCCUUCGCACUGUGGUUAAGUGUUCCUUAAGUACACAAAGGUGUCUCGGGGAGUGGAUCUGCACGUGGCCGUGCAGGGACUUCCUCACCUCAGCUGCACUCCGUGGCCAUGGCUGGCCUCUUGCUGAUGACUUGUGUCACUCCCCAGUGGAGACUUUUCUAAGAGCUGGUAAAUAUGAAGGGUGUUUAUGUGCCUCAAUGAAAGUUUGUGUAACUAUGAAGAAUUAAUUUUGAAGGAAAGCAUGUGAAGCUUUUUUGCAGAAUGACAGCACAGAGUAGAACUGUGCUAGUCAUAGCUUAGUAAUACUGAUCUCUUAAGAUUUUGACUACAGUACAACACAGCUCUGCAACAUCCUUCCCAUUUUUUAAUUUUCUGACUAUGGUUUCCUCAUCCUUUUUUUGUUGUAAGUACACAGGUAAAAUCUCCUUACACUCUCUAACCUUUAAAUAGCCACUGACUUCUGAAGUGAUUUAAAACGCAGUAAAGAUUUUUACUGUAUAUCAAUUGUCCUAUGGGAAGGUGAAAUAACAGGCUACAAGGGGCCGAAAUCACUGUCAAUGGAUAGCUGAGGAAAAGAUUAACUCCAAAUGUAAUGAAUAUUGCUGUCUUCCUAAAUACUAUCUUAUGAACUGGUCAGAGCUUAGUUGAAACUGCAGUUGUAUUACUGCAUACAUAUGUAUUACUGUCUUUAAUUUCUCAUUGCUAAUGAAAAUAGAAAAAAGUGUAAUGCAAGUUCAGAAGACCUAGAUAGAGACCAUUCACCAUUUAAAACAAAAUCUUACUGUCUCUAAUACUGUAGUCUUCCACCACUCUUCCUUCUGUAUGCUGUACUUUCUUUCCACGGACUUCCCUCCUGCAGCUGCAGCCUGUUCAGAGAUGGAGUUUGAUCCAUGCAGAUUAGAAGUGCUAGUGCAUAACACAACUUUU